GUCCACACAAUCUCAAACAAGAACACCCGUCAAUCCUGCGUAAAGCACCCAGAAAAGCACAAACCCACUCUCAAACCACCAAUCCACAAUGGCCACGGCCACCGCGACAGAAACCUCGCUACAAAGCCCCUCGAAGGCCGACGAACCCACCGACCAAUCCAAAAAGCGCAAGUCUCAAAUCGAUGAAAUCGAAGUCGACCUCACGCUCCCGGAACCGCCCUCCAAAAAAGCAAAGCGUCUACUCAAAAAAGGAAAACCCCUCCCUGUGAAACCCAACAGCGACGACGACGCCGAAUCCGAAGACGAGCUACAGAUCCCCAAGACCAAAGACCAAGUCAAGAGCGCCAAGGGCGGGGACAAGAAGCGCGCCCAGCACGGCGUCUGGAUCGGCAACCUGCCGUUCACAGUGACGCGGGUCGAGCUGUUUAAAUGGCUAGUAGAGAAUUCCGGGGGCGCGAUCACGGAGGCGAACAUCACGCGGGUGAACCUGCCGACGAGCAAGGAUAGGAGAUACGGCAACCCGGAGGACCCGGCGACGCGGCAGAACAAGGGGUUCGCGUACGUGGACUUCGACGCGGAGGUUGCGGCGGUCGCGGCGCUGGCGCUUACCGAGACGGAGAUUGGUGGACGGAAGGUGCUGAUCAAGGACUCGAAGUCGUAUGAGGGACGGCCGAAGAGGGAGGCUGCGGGGGAGAAUGGAGGGGCUGCGAGUAAUGGUGCGGAGAAGGUAGUCCCGACGAGUAGGAAGAUAUAUGUCGGGAAUCUCUCCUUCCAAACAACCGAAGACGAUCUGCGCGCACAUUUUGACAAGUGUGGCGAGAUCGAGUGGAUCAAAGUCGCUACAUUCGAGGAUAGCGGGAAGUGCAAGGGGUUCGGCUGGGUUAAGUUCAAGGAGGCUGAGGCCGCAUCAUCGGCUGUCAAAGGGUUUGUAAAGAUCAAGGAAGAAAUCGAGACUGAAGACGACUUCCGCGACGACGAAGGCAAUGCGGAGGGAGAGAAGGAGAAGAAGUUUAAGAUGCGGAAGUGGUGGGUUAACAGGCUUAAAGGCCGUGAGUUGAAGAUUGAAUCAGCGGAGGAUGAUCAGGUCCGGUAUAAGAAGAGAUUCGGCAAGGAUGCGCCCGCAGGGAAGACGCAGGGGAAGAGGGAAUUUAGGCGGGAUCCGCGAACUCAUAGGUCGGAGGGCGAGAACAAACCGGCGUUUGGGGAGAAGACCGAGGGGGUGUCGAAGGCGGCAUACGGAGACUCGGCCACGGCGUCGUAUCUCACAGGCGCGGUUGUUAGAUCCCAGGGCAAGAAGACGACGUUUGAUUAAGGGGAUGAGGUGGCUCCUAGGUCUUGUACAGAGGUAUUCAGACUUCUGUGAUACCCAAACUGAGAUAAUCUAGAUGAGUGACAAUGGUUCUUGGUCACGUUGCACAUACCAC